CGAAGGUUGUCUAACUACUCCCACACCCAUGAACUCUCUCUACAUUGCCAAGCUAGGUUCAGCGCACCUAAGCUCUAUUAUCAAGGGCUCUCCCAUAUUGAAGAACGCAUCAGCAUUGGCUUUGACGCAACUGCGAACACACGCAACAACCGUUUCAGACAAGCCUUCACCACCAUCAUCCUCCCAGUCCGCAAAGUCAAAGCUCGCUGAUCUCAAGGAAAAAUUAGCCGCCGAGGAGGCAGGAUUAGGAGACUUUAUUAAUCAAGGUAGCGAUGGCAAAUUGACUGCAGAGGAAGCUUUGGAAUUGAAGGAGACUGUGACAGGUUCCCACAAGACCAAGAAACUUAAGCAACCUCGUCUUCCGUCCUGGCUCAAGACCGACAUCCCCGUUGGCCAAAACUUUACUCGUAUUAAGAAGGAUUUGCGAGGUCUCAAAUUACAUACUGUUUGUGAGGAGGCUCGAUGCCCUAACAUUGGAGAUUGUUGGGGUGGUGGUGAGCAUCAAACUGCCACAGCAACCAUUAUGUUGAUGGGCGACGAAUGUACUCGUGGAUGUCGCUUCUGCUCAGUCAAGACCAACCGAACACCCAAGCCAUUGGAUCCCCACGAACCAGAACAUACUGCUGAAGCCAUUCGUCGAUGGGGUCUGGAUUACGUUGUGUUGACCAGUGUCGAUAGAGACGAUCUUGCCGAUGGUGGUUCCGACCAUUUUGCUGACACCAUUCGUCGCAUCAAGCAAAAAGCUCCUCAUAUUUAUGUCGAAUGUUUGACAGGAGAUUUUGGAGGUUCUUUGGAAAGCGUGACUAGUGUUGCUCAAUCUGGCUUGGACGUAUAUGCUCACAAUAUUGAAACUGUUGAGGCCUUAACACCCUAUGUCCGUGAUCGACGAGCCAAUUUCCGUCAAUCACUUCGUGUUCUGGAGCAGGCAAAGAAGGCUCGACCAGAUCUUAUUACCAAGACCUCCAUUAUGCUUGGAUGUGGCGAGACGGAUGAAGAAGUGCAGCAUGCCCUUGAGGAAUUGCGAAAGGUGGAUGUCGACUGCGUGACGCUAGGUCAGUACAUGCGACCCACCAAACGUCACAUGAAGGUUCAUGAAUAUGUCUCGCCUGAGAAGUUCGACAUGUGGCAUAAGAAGGGUAUGUCGAUGGGCUUCAAGUAUGUUGCAAGUGGUCCUUUGGUUCGAUCAAGUUACAAGGCUGGCGAAUUCUACAUCAGCAAUAUUCUCAAGCAGAGAAAGGGUCUUCCUGUUGACAAGGCAUUUGUCGCCGCUGCUGAAGCUGCUAAAAGCGCAUAAACUUUCACUCUGUUCUUGUUUGUAUUUUGAAUUUUGCUAGCUUUUCUCUCCAUUUUUACGCUCUACACCAUUUUAUACACUUACAUGUGCCCUAAAAAAGACCUUGUGAUUUUUUCCCACUACUAAUAAAAGUGGUUUGCCUCUUCGUAAAAGGUUGAAAG